UCUUUGCAGGGAUGCGUGAUGACGUGUCUCAGAAAGACGUGGCGUUCUGAACCGCUAGCUUCGCUUUCACCGCCUUUGCCGUAGCAUCAACAGUUAGUGCUGACAUCAAAAGCAGGCGGUUUAUCCGAUCUCAUUCAUUGUUCAGCUGCUGCCAACAUGAUUUCCCUCACGGAUUCACAAAAAAUCGGCAUGGGCCUGACAGGCUUCGGUGUGUUUUUUCUUUUCUUUGGGAUGAUGCUGUUUUUUGACAAAGCCCUCCUUGCUAUUGGAAAUAUUCUGUUUGUUUCAGGUCUGUCGUUCGUUAUCGGCCUGGAGCGAACAUUAAGGUUUUUCUUCCAGAGACAUAAAGUUAAAGCCACCAGCUUCUUCUUGGGAGGGGUAUUCGUGGUUCUGAUCGGCUGGCCGAUCAUUGGUGUGGUUCUGGAGAUCUAUGGUUUCUUCCUCUUAUUCAGGGGCUUCUUCCCGGUGGCAGUGGGUUUCAUCCGGCGAGUACCUGUACUUGGCUCUUUGCUCAGUUUACCUGGGAUCAGAACUCUGGUCGACAAAAUUGGGGAGAGCAACAAUAUGGUAUAACUAUAAUUUGUCUUAGCUUCUAACUGUAUAGUUGACUGUAUAUUUUGGUUAUUGCCAACAUUUUUCUGCACAAAAAGACAAUUUCAUCCAUGGAUGUUUGACUGACUUCAGAAUGAUUCCUCUAUCAGAUGAAAGUAGUUUUGUAUCUGAUUGCUACUGGACAAUGUUUCCAAGAGUCUGGAUGAUGUCUCCCUUUUUGUGUCAAUCCAGUCUGAUAUUUAUGAACUGAUAACUAGAGUCCACUGGAUUAACCCAGCAGGGAGUCCGAAGCUUUUACAGUAUCCGCUCCUUCAGAUCCUGUGCCUGAAUAGUAACUGAGAGCAUUUGUGUUCCUCUAUGAAGUGUUACUGGACUUUUGUACAUUUAAAAUAAACAACUUUGAGCUAAAUGUUACCUGUGCAAAGAAACCUGAACUGUUAAGAAGAGGCUUUAAAAAGCUUGUGAUGAAAACAUUGUACUGUAACUUUUGUAAGUGCACAUUUGAAAUAAAAUGUCUUUUAUACUUUUGAUCCCAC